AAGGAGAAACGUGACAAGUUUCUGUUUACGUGCCGCAUUCAUCAAGUUCUUAUCAGUUUUUUUUUUAUAUUACAGUUAUUGCCUCGUGUGCUGUACAAAGAGAAGAAACACAUCAAACACAAGCACAAUGCAGAUGCCCCAUUGAUAACAAUACCAUGAUAACGCAGCGCAAUCGAGUGGUGUAAUCGUAACAGUAAAAUUCCAAGUAUUCAUUUAGUAUAAUCGCUACAAACAAGUACUUACAAUGUGCGCAAAACUUUAUUUCAUCUGCGCGGUCACUCUUGUGCUGUACAGUGCAGUAAAUGGGCAUGGACAUGCACAUGACCAUCACGGCCACUCGCACGAUGAACCUGCACACUUCAAGUACUCCAAGCAAGCCAAUGUUGAGGCCCAACAGCACAAACAUGACUCACAUUCACAUGAUCAUCAUCAUCCAGAAGAACAUCACAAAGUGGUAGUCAAUCAAGAUGUCUGGCUGAAUGCAAUGGGCUCCACACUUCUGAUAAGUGCCGCGCCAUUCUUCAUUUUAUUCUUUGUUCCUUUGGACAACACUGAGGCAAAACAACCACUCCUGAAAGUCCUGCUGGCGUUUGCAUCUGGGGGUCUGCUAGGUGAUGCAUUCUUACAUCUCAUCCCACAUGCAACCAUGGAAGUAGAUGGAGGCCAUUCCCACAGCCAUUCACAUGAACAUGGAGAAGAAGGACAUGCCCAUGAUAUGUCUGUUGGUCUCUGGGUGCUUGCUGGGAUUGUCACCUUCCUAGUAGUAGAAAAGAGUGUUAGAAUCAUGAAGGGAGGUCACAGUCAUUCCCAUGCCCCAGUCAAACCCAAGAAAGCAGAAAAAGGAGAUGCUGAUAAAAAGGACAAUGGAGACAAGAAGAAGGAAGAUAUCAAAAUAGCUGGAUAUCUCAAUCUGGUAGCUGACUUCAGUCAUAACUUCACUGAUGGUCUGGCAAUUGGUUCCUCAUAUCUAGCUGGUAAUACAGUUGGUAUAGUCACAACUAUUACAAUCCUAUUGCAUGAGGUGCCACAUGAGAUUGGCGAUUUCGCGAUUUUAUUGCAAUCGGGAGUAUCUAGGAGGAAUGCAAUGCUGUUGCAACUUACCACAGCUCUGGGUGCACUUGCAGGCACAGCAGUUUCUCUCUUGAUGCAAGGUGGCGGUGGUGUGCUGCCCACAAACUGGAUUCUGCCGUUCACGGCUGGUGGGUUCAUCUACAUCGCGUUGGUUUCGGUGAUUCCAGAAUUACUGGAUGAGGAGAAACCCAGUUUCCUGCAGACUCUCUUCCAAGUCGCCGCAUUACUGAUUGGCGUCUAUAUGAUGGUGCUUAUAGCUGAAUAUGAAUAGUUUUCUCUUCAUGGUGUAAAAAAGAUUCUAUCCGUUGUACACAGCAAUUAAAUUCAAAAAUACAUAUUUAAACAUA